AUUCACGAUUUUGCGUCAUAAAUGAUUAUGAUCGCGGUUGAGAGCCAACUGGCUCAUUUGCGUGAAGUGUGUGGGAGUAUUCACCAACCAUUCGUGAUCAUUGGUGAUUUCAACGCUACCCUCCAUGAGGGGGAAAAAGAUGGAGGACGGGCUUGGAAUGCGACUCAAGCCAACAGCUUGCGGGAGUUUGUCCAUGAUUUGGGACUCCAUGAUCCAGGAUACCAAGGGGAUCAAUUUACCUGGACCAACAAGUGAAUGGGGGAAGCGUGCAUUCGUGCUAGGUUGGAUAGGGCCCUUUGUUCCCAAUCCUGGAUAGAUAUGUUUCCGGAGACCUUGGUCAAGCAUUUUACGGAUCAGGGGUCAGAUCAUCGUGCCCUCCUCCUUGCUGAUAAACCGUACAUUCGGAGUAAUCGGCCUCUUUUCCGAUUUGAUGCUCGUUGGGCGGAGAACCCGGAGGUUAGGGCAAUGGUCCAGUAUGUCUGGCAGGAGGAGUUGCAAGGUACCCCCAUGUUUCGUCUUUGGGAGCGCCUCAAGAAACUCCGCCACCUGCUGUAUGAUUGGAGUAGGGCGGGUACCACAAAUUCCCUGCGGAAUAUUAAGACCCUUCAGGCUGAGGUUGACCGGGUCAAGUCCAUCCUUCCGGUGGAUUGGGAAGUGGUACGAUCCCUGGAAAUGGAGCUAUCUCGUCAGUGGGAUGCGGAGAAGGUUUACUGGCAGCAAAAGUCAAGGGUCCGAUGGCUAAAGAGAGGAGACCAAAACUCAGCAUAUUUCCACACGGUUACGCGCGCUCGUCGAAAGAGAAAUUUUGUCGCUGGGCUCCGGGAUGAUGAGGGUGAAUGGGUUACGGAGGAGAGUGGGAAGGCUAGGAUUGCUACCAGCUUUUACCAAACUCUAUUCACCUCGGAAUCCCAGGUGCCAAAUAUGGCUGAUAGGGUGGCGAGCCUCCCCAUUUCCCAAACGGUUACUCCGCAGAUGAAUGAGCUGUUAACAGCGGCGGUUUUGCCGAAUGAGGUUCGGAGAACGGUCUUUUCGAUGGGAUCGAAGCAGGCUCCGGGGUCUGAUGGCUUCACCGGUAAAUUCUUCAAAGCAUUCUGGGAUGUUGUUGGGGCAUCGGUAAUUGAGGCAGUUUGCUCUUUCUUUUCGACUAGUCGAAUGCUCCGGAGUUUUAACCAUACUUGGCUUACGUUGAUCCCUAAAGUGGAUUCUGUGGAAAAUAUCCGUCAGCUGCGCCCGAUCAGUCUCUGUCAAUUCGUUUAUAAAGUUAUAACCAAGAUUAUGGCGGAGCGGCUAGCGGGAGUGCUCCCUCAAAUUGUUUCUGAGGGGCAAAAUGCGUUUAUAAAGGACCGGCAGAUUAUUGAUAACGUCCUUCUUGGGCAUGAAUUAAUGCAUUAUCUCAAAAUAAAAAAGCAGGGGAAGAAGGGGUACAUGGCUCUAAAGGUUGACAUGGAAAAGGCCUAUGAUAGAGUCGAAUGGCCUUUCCUUCUGGCAGUUUUGGAUAAGAUGGGCUUUAAUUCGAUCUGGCAAGGAUGGGUUCAUGAAUGUCUUAGGUCGGCUACUUUUUCGGUCCUGAUGAAUGGUACGCCUUCGGGCUUUUUCGGAUCCUCUCGGGGACUCAGGCAAGGAGAUCCGUUGUCGCCUCUCCUGUUUGUGCUUUGUACAGAGGGGUUUGCGGCCCUUCUUCGGAAGGCGAUCUCGGAAAAGAAGCUAGAAGGGGUGAAGGUGGCGCCGUGUGCUCCUAGGAUCUCGCAUCUGUUCUUUGCGGAUGAUUCUUAUCUUUUCUUGCGAGGUUCCCUCCAGGAGUGUGAGAACUUAAUAGUGGUGCUCAAUGAAUAUGAGGAGCUGAGUGGCCAGCGGGUCAAUCUGGAAAAGUCGGCAGUCUGCUUUAGCAAAAAUGUUGCCUUGGCAGAUCAGGAGUUUUUGGCUACGAUUCUUGGGGUCGGUGCAGUGGGGGUUCAUGAUAAGUACUUAGGGUUACCCAUGUUGAUUGCCCGAUCCAAGAUGGCGACAUUCAGGUAUCUGGAGGCGAAAUUACUGGAGCAUUUGCAGGGGUGGAAACGAAAAACUUUAUCUUGGGCGGCCAGGGAGACGUUGAUUAAGUCAGUUGCUUUGGCCUUGCCCCUGUAUGUUAUGUCAUGUUUUCGGUUGCCCCUCUCUCUGUGUCGUUUGUUGGAUAAGCACGUGGCCCGCUUCUGGUGGGGAGUUGAGGAUGGGCACCCCAAGAUUCGGUGGGUGUCCUGGCGGAACCUUUGCAGAAGCAAGCAUGACGGGGGUUUAGGUUUUCGCAGAUUUGAACAUGUUAACCAGGCUCUUUUAGCAAAGAUCGGCUGGCGGAUUCUCCAUGAGCCGGAUUCCCUCCUGGCCCAGGUUUAUAAAGGGAAAUACUUUCCUCAAGGAUCUUUUUUGACUGCUACUGCCCGGUCUCGGCCUUCUUGGGGUUGGCAGAGUAUCCUGUUUGGGCGUCAGCUUUUGGACGCAGGGUUAAGAUGGCAGAUAGGCAAUGGCCUCUCGGCCUCCCUUGUUCAUUCUAAAUGGAUUCCGGGGCUUCAGCUGGAUUCCCCUUGCUAUAAUCCCCGCAUUCUGCCAAGUGGGAGUGAUCCCGUGGUGGCGGAGGUUAUUUGUCAAGGGGAAGGGCGUUGGGAUGAGAAUUAGCUUGGUCAAUGGUUUGACCUUUCUGUCUGUGGGGCCAUUAAGGCUAUACCACUUCCGCGGCGGAAUGUGGAGGAUAAACUUAUCUGGCAUAACACUGCUGAUGGGGUGUUCUCGGUUAAGACGGCUUACCAUCUGGCAGUUGAGCUUGACAGGAGAAGGGGUGGGUGGCGGGAAUCGGUGAGCUGGAUGGAUAGGAAAAGUUGGAUCCGGUUGUGGGAAGCGAAGAUCCCUCCAAAGUUUAAAGUCUUUGUCUGGCAAAUUUUGAAUCGGGCCCUGCCAACCACAGAAGCGCUCAUUGAUAGGGAUGGCAACAAAACCCGAACCAACGGGUACCCACCCGACCCAACCCGGUCAACGCGGGUAAAACCCAUUUUGACUGGUUUUGGGCCGGGUUUGGGUUUAAACCCGUUACACUAUUCACCGGGUCGGGUUGGGUUUGGGUUUAGGCAAACCCGCCCCAUGGGUACCCGCCCACACAUAUAUAAUUACUUUCCCGGUAUAUUUAAUAUUCAAAAUAAUAUAUCUUUCUUAAAUAACUAAUAUUCUUUAUGUUUUGUGGAGACACGUAUAAUUUGUUCUUUCUAAUUGUUUAGAAUGAAGUUGAUAUUAUGAAGUGGAGAGUGAAGAAACUUAGUUGACGAGGAAGAAGCUUUCAAUUAAUUUUAUUGUUUAUA